AUGGCCAACGCCGACACUUACCCACCGCCGGAAGAUGUCGAGCUUCCGAUGCUGAACGCCAUUCCGGCCCAUCUGGUUGACCGUUUCGACCCGGCCUUUGUCCAACACCAUAACAAAUACCAACUGGGGAGGCUGCACACCCACCAGAUACCCAUCGAGUGGGUCCGGGCAAACCCGGCCAAGUACGCCAUUUCCUACGGUCGCGCGCACUUCCCCACAUCCCGCGUCAAGAUCUCGGAGCAGAAAUGCCCGGUAAAGGGCGGCGGCGAGAUCACAAUCCGCAUGUUCGAGCCUGUGGACGGCGGCGGUAGGUCCAACAACAAGAAGCCGGCUUACAUGAACUUCCACGGCGGCGGCUGGGUCUUUGGCGGCGGGCUUGCGAAGGACCACGAGUUUUGCAAGAGGCUGGUGCACAGCCUGGGUUGCGUCGCUUUCGACGUCGACUACAGGCUGGCGCCCGAGUAUCCGCAUCCGACUCAGGUGGAAGACUGCUGGGACGCUUUCCAGUGGAUGAGGGCAAAGGCUGAUGAAUUCGGGGUGGAUCUGGAGAAGCUUGCUGUGGGCGGAGCGUCUGCCGGCGGCCACCUUGCUGCUGUCGUGGCGUUCAGGUGCCGCGAUAAUGGCAUCCCUUUGGCCUUCCAGCUGCUGCAGGUGCCCGUCACCGACCUGGUGGCUGUGUUUACGCCGACAGCCGAGCUCGAUCCGAAAUGUCCGUACGAGAGUUAUAGAGAGAUGUGGGAUGUUGUGGUUCUUCCAGGAGAGCGUAUGAGCUACUUCCAAAAAGCUUGGCUGGGGAACCCCCGGCCAGCGAAGUAUGAUGAUGACUGGGAAGUCUCGCCUAUCAAGAACCCGGACCUGUCCAAGCUCGCUCCAGCACUGAUUGUGACGGCUGAAAUGGACCCAUUGAGAGACGAGGGCGAAGCGUAUGGUAGGAAAAUGAACGAGGCUGGCUCAAAGGCCGACGUUUGGCGGAUACCUGGGGUUCCCCACACUGUUGUCCACUUGGAUGGUAUCCUCAAGGGUGGGCAGGAGUUCAACGAGAGGGCAUUGAAAGCCCUCUCGGAGGCCUGGGCGGUCCCCAUAACUCCUUAG